AUUACCUACAAACGCUUAUGAACAUCGACCGUGAACGUUUAUAAAAUCGAACGAACUAAAAAUUUUUUUGCUGCGCUUUACUAAACUAAAAAAAGUAAGCCAACAUGCCACCAAACGCAGAGACAGUCGAUGGAUCUGGUUCUGAAAUACCACCGGCAGAACCACCAUACGAAUCGGCCAGUCACAAAGCAGAGGAACCAGAGCCCAUAGCAAAUCAACAGGCCGAAGAGCAGAGACUCAACAAAAUGGUAGAACAAACGACUCUAGCACCCUCAACAACGGCGGAACCUGAAGAAGAAACCACAACAAAGUCAGUCCUACAAAAAGUCGAAAAAGUAGGUGAAAAAGUUACCGAAGCGAUUGCGGAAAAAACCGGCAUACCCACCUGGGGUGUGGUAGCCAUCAUUAUUCUGGUAUUCCUGGUCGUAUUUGGCAUCAUAUUCUUCUGUGUUCGCCGAUUUCUAAAGAAACGACGAACCAAAGAUGGUAAGGGUAAGAAGGGUGUCGAUAUGAAAUCGGUGCAAUUGUUAGGAUCGGCGUACAAAGAAAAAGUUCAGCCUGAUAUGGAGGAACUCACCGAAAAUGCUGAAGAAGGCGACGAGGAGGACAAGCAGAGCGAACAAAAGCUCGGCCGACUGAAUUUCAAGCUUGAAUAUGAUUUCAAUGCCAACAGUUUAGCAGUAACUGUUAUACAAGCUGAAGAAUUGCCUGCCUUAGAUAUGGGUGGAACCUCCGAUCCAUAUGUCAAAGUAUAUCUAUUGCCCGACAAGAAAAAGAAAUUCGAAACCAAGGUGCAUCGUAAAACUCUCAGUCCUGUCUUCAAUGAAACAUUCACAUUUAAGAGUUUACCCUAUGCCGAUGCCAUGAACAAGACUUUAGUAUUUGCCAUCUUCGAUUUCGAUCGAUUCUCCAAGCACGACCAAAUUGGCGAAGUCAAGGUUCCACUGUGUACCAUCGAUUUGGCGCAAACCAUUGAGGAAUGGCGUGAUCUGAUCAGCGUCGAAGGAGAAGGCGGUCAGGAAAAGCUUGGUGACAUCUGCUUCUCACUGCGUUAUGUACCGACGGCUGGCAAGUUAACCGUUGUCAUCUUGGAGGCUAAGAAUCUAAAGAAGAUGGACGUUGGUGGAUUGUCUGAUCCAUAUGUGAAAAUUGCCAUUAUGCAAAAUGGAAAACGUUUGAAAAAGAAGAAGACAAGUAUCAAAAAAUGCACCCUCAACCCCUAUUAUAAUGAGUCGUUCUCAUUUGAAGUACCAUUUGAACAAAUACAAAAAAUCUGUCUGGUUAUUACUGUUGUGGAUUACGAUCGUAUCGGUACUUCUGAGCCCAUUGGACGCUGUAUAUUGGGAUGCAUGGCUACGGGCACUGAAUUGAGGCAUUGGUCAGAUAUGUUGGCUUCACCACGACGACCUAUAGCCCAAUGGCAUACCCUCAAAGAUCCCGAGGAAACAGAUGAAAUUCUUAAGAAUAUGAAGUAAAUUGCAUACAAAUAAAGGGAUACGUUCUGAUCCAUCAUCAAUCAUAACCAGCAGCUGAAUAUCGAGUCAUCAUUUCUCAAAAAAAAAAAUAUAUAUAUGUAUCAUCUCUCAAAACGCUUAAUGCAAGCAAGCAAAACGACAAGCAACAAACCACAAAGGAAACGGAAAUGGAAGAUCACAAAAACAACAACAAAUCCAAAAUAACAGCAACACAAACUAUAUGACUACGACUAUGAGCGAAAAUAAAGAACAAGAUUUCAAGUGAACCUUUUCGCGCCUUUAUCAUCAACAUGAAGAACAUGGAAAAACAACCUCAGCCGCCAUCAAGAAAAUUCCACACACACACACAGGACAACAAAAUAACGAAUAAAUCAACAACAAAGCCAUCAUCGUUCACCGUCGUUGUUAAGUAGUUUAAAGUUAUAAUUUUCAUUGAACAAAACAGCAAGGAAUAUAAAACCAUAUAAAAUGUAUUGAUAAUGGAGAAGAAAUUCUUCUUUUCAACACCACCACCACCCCCAAAUUCCUAACCCCAUAUGUAUCAUUAGCAUAUACAACCAUACUACAUAUAAUAUAAUAACAAUAACUACCGAAACCAAAGAAUGUUAAAAAAAAAUAGUUUAAAAUUUUCAAAAAAAAAAGACAGGAAAACCCAAGAAUAAUAAUAAAAACCACAAAUAAUAUCCAAGUUGGCCAUUUAAGAAGAAGCGAAUCAUAAAUAAACGAUAAAAUACAAUCAAGUGUGCAUAAAAAACUAGAAGCUCAUGUCACACACACACACACACAUACCACACAUGGAACAAGGCAUAAAUUGGUGACAAAAGCGAUAACGGACAUAAAUGGGCGUUUAAAAAGUUAAUGGGCGUUUACAAUCUCCUCAAUAUUUGCAUAGAUAAUUUAUGAAAAUUGUAAGAAAUGUUGUUUAUUACAUUUAAAAUUUUACAAAAAUCGCAUAUAUACAAACAUUUGAGGGAUAUAGCAAAGUGAAAUCGUAUUCCCUUUUCGGCUAUUCAAUGGUCCUUACAGCAGAGUAAGACAUAAAAUUCUUUUUGAGGAACAGAUUUUUAAAUUCUUCACGUCUGCUUUUUUCCAAGCAUGGGCAAGAACAAUUCAGGGGAGAAUGAGCUAUCUUAAUGAGCUGCUAUAUACCAAUUCCCCUAUUCACUGGUUGUAAUAAGAGAACAGUUUGCAAAAAAAUUAAAAUUUUUUUAAUAAAAAUUUUAGUUUAUUAAUUCCGAAUAAUAUUUUCAUUGCCCAAUCAUCCCGUUUUGCUAGUGUCACCCGAUUUCAUUCUAAACUUCAUUCCAAUUCUGCUUUUAUUAUGCAUUUUUUCAUACAUCAUUUUCUUUUGUAAAAGACAUUUUUUUAUGAAAAAUUUAGAACAAACUAAAAACUCACAGACCCCCAUGUGUCUGCGCGCAAUUCAGAGACAAUAUUUUCCGAGAAAAUUUAUUAAGAAAACAAAAAAUAACUAAAACAAAAGAAAUUCGGAAGCAAGGUAACCGCACUUGAACGAAUAUAAUCUCAAAAAACGGCUUUUGAGUUAACAUUUAAAAGAAAAGUAGAUUUUCUAAAUUAUUUCGAAAAUUUAUUUAAAUGAUUUUUUUAUUAUUUUAUUUAUUUAUUUUUUGAGUUAACAUUUGAGGAAAAAAUUACUAUUUCAAAUUUAUUAGAGAUUUACUAUUGUUGAUUUUAAAUAUUUUUUUAUAAUUUGAUCCUUAAAUCAAUAAAUAA